AUGCAGGAAGUGUCAACCACCAUUUAUCACUCGCUCUCCAGCCAUGUCUCUCAAGGUCGCCGUCCUCGCCUGCGUGGCUGUCGUCGCUCUGUGCGACAAGGCCCCAGUCCACAAGCCCCUUAUCCCCGUCUACACCCCAAGACCUUACCACGCCCCCGAACCCGCCUACCACGCCCCCGAACCCACCUACACGCCCCCGAACCCGCCUACCACCCCCCGAGCCCACAUACCACGCCCCCGCACACUACGAGCCCGAAUACCCUGAUGUCCCACCCAAGUACAACUACAACUACGGCGUCGCCGACGGCUACUCCGGCGCCAACUUCGGCCACUCGGAGUCCCGCGACGGCUACAAGACCGAGGGCAGCUACACCGUCGACCUCCCCGACGGCCGCAAGCAGACCGUCAAGUACGUGGACAACGGCGACGGUCUCGUAGCUGAGGUCAGCUACGAGGGCGAGGCUCAGUACCCCGAGCACACCCCCGCCUACAAGCCCGCUCCCCCCGCCUACGCCCCUCCUCCUCCUGCCUACGCUUAAGAAAAGACGAUAUAAAGGAAUACAUAUGAGAUAUAUCC